UGCGUACAAGGGCUGGUGAGUGACAGUGUAUGGCGGCGUGUAGCAGCAGCUGGAGUUUACUUUCAGUACAGGGUUUUAAAUAGUUAUUUUAGGUAGAUUAGUUGAACUAACAGCUUCAUGUGAUUUGGUCAUGUUUUAAUUUGAUAUAUAUUUAAAGGACAGUAGGUUUAAAGGUGAACAGGUUUGGUUUUCAAUCAUCCCAUUAAUGAGCUCUGAGAUUGUACACAGAUUUCUCUUUCCGCAUGCUGGUUGGUGAAUUCAGACUCUGAUAUUGAACAAUUAUGGGUCCAAUAAAGAAGAAAGCCAUCCCUGACAGAUGGACUGAUUAUAAUGCAGUGGGAAAGAGGAUCCCUGGCACGCGCUUCAUUGCAUUUAAAGUGCCUUUAAAACAGGCUUUGAGGAGGCAUCUGAGUGACUCUGAGGUGUUCGGACCCUUCGAACUGAUGGAUGUAUUAAAGAAGGAAGGUGAAGAACUCGGCCUCAUCAUCGAUCUCACCUACACUACACGCUACUACCAGCCCCAGGAUUUACCAGACACGCUGCACUACCUUAAGAUCUUUACAGCAGGACAUGAGGUGCCGAGUGACUCCAACAUCCUGAGCUUUAAAAAGGCUGUGAGAAACUUUCUGCGUGAGAACCAGAACAACGAUAAACUGAUCGGGGUUCACUGCACCCAUGGCCUCAACCGGACCGGAUACCUUGUGUGCAGGUGUGUGUGCAGAUACCUGAUUGAUGUAGAUGGUGUUGAACCUCAUGAAGCCAUCGACUUGUUCAACAAGUCCCGCGGUCACGCUAUCGAGAGAGAGAAUUACUUGGACGAUCUGAAAUCAGGGCCGAAGCGCAGUAAUGAUGGAAUGGAGGAACCAGAACAGGAGCCUGUCAGAGGCACAGCAACAAGCAGGAGUUCUAUGACUGUCCCGGAACCUCACCCUUCAUUCAGGAGAAGAGAACAUCACUAUCAUGAUCACUAUGAACCUUUCAACCAGAGAUGGGAUGAAGACCACACGAGACCUUGCCAACCUCCUCUAUAUCCUCCACCUCCUCAUGGGGCUCCUCCUUUUCCCUUACACCCUUCUCUGCCUUUCAGGGGUCCACCUCUCCUACCCACACCACCUUCUUUCAAUUCAUGGCCUAGCUUUAGACCGGGCCGGUACCCUGUUCCUGCUCCGAACCCUGCCUUCAUGCCGCGCUACACCUUCGGAGAACAGCCUCGGCAUGCACGAUGGAAAAAACAAAGAACUCCUUAUAAACCCCCAAAUGGUUCUCCAUACUCACACUAACUAUACACAGUCUCUUCCAAAUAAUGCCAUUCACAUGGACAAGGGUUACAGUUUAGAAAUGUUUUAUUGAUUUUUGACCUUUUAGCUUUAAAAUUUAUUUAAUGGGUUUAAAAGUUAUUAAUUGUUCUAUUAAAGUUUUUAUAAAACUCUAUGAUGGAGCAGAUUCUAACUCUAUCAGAUCAGUUAUUUCUGUUGCAUAUCAGCCAUCCAUGUGAUCUGGAUUCUACUUGUACCUCCAAGAAAUCAGGUGUGCAAUUAUGGACACUUUUCUUUGCUUUUCUUUUUUUAAAUGCUGGUCACAUCUUUGUUUAGACUGCCAGGAAUAAUGGCACAGGAGGUUGCCAUGCCAACACUUACGGUAGUCAAGUGAAGAUGGUGUAUGUAAAGUGUUGCAUCUUAUUAAACACUCAAGUUCAUUA